GUCAGAGCGAGCGGACAGCACAACCACGUGGAAUGGCGUCGCAUUCGGAGACUACGGGUUUACAAUCUGAUGGAGGAGGCGGCACCAUGCGGGGCCGCGGCGUGCUGGAGCACUCGCUAGUGGCGCUCUUCGGCAUGGGCUCCUGGGUGGCCGUCAACGCCCUGUGGGUGGAGCUGCCCGUAAUGGUCAAGGUGCUCCCAGAAAGUUGGGACCUCGCCUCUUACCUCACCGUCAUGGUGGCCCUGGCCAACGUGGGCCCCAUCGCCGUGACCAUCACGCAGCGCUUCGCCCCGGGCCGGCUCAACGAGCGCGUCCUCAUCCACGUCAUCCAGGUGCUGGCGGUGGUGGCAUGCGCCUGCCUCGCCGUCACGUGGUCCGUGACGGCGCCCGUGUCGGGCCGCACGCACAGCGUCCCCUACCUGGUGCUCGCCUUCGCGCUCUCGUUCGUGUGCUGCACCUCCAACGUCACCUUCCUCCCGCACAUGUACCGCUUCUCCACGGAGCACGUCAAGACCUUCUUCGUGGGCCAGGGCCUGAGCGCACUGCUGCCUUCUGUGGCCGCGCUGGCGCAGGGCGUGGGCGCCGCCGAGUGCGUGAACGGGACGGGGAACGCCUCGGCCCCGGCGUCGCACGUUCGCUACCUGGAGGAGCGCUUCUCCGUGUCGGCCUUCUUCUCGGUCGUGUGCGCCCUGCUACUCGCCUCGGCCUGCGCCUUCGCUGCCCUCGUGCGCCUGCGGCCCGGGGCCCCCGCCGGUGAGGACCUGAACCCGGGGCAGAAUGAGAACGCAAUCCUGGACGAUCGCGAGGAGGAGUCGCAGCUCAAGAGCGACGCGUUGUCCGUCGCGUCUCCCGAGUCGCCCGCCUCCAACGGGGACGUGCUCGUGCUGCCCGACCGCGACAGGGGCCGAGCGGUGCUCGCCAAGAGGCAGCAGGAGGCGGAGAGCCUGUGCGUGGGCAGCGUGCUGUACCUGCUGACGCUGCUGCUGCUGUCCAACGCGCUCUCCAAUGGCGUGCUGCCCUCCGUGCAGACGUACUCCUGCCUCCCGUACGGCGGCAGCGUGUUCCACCUGAGCGCCGUGCUCAGUAGCAUUGCCAACCCGCUCGCCUGCUUCCUCACCAUGGGCCUGCCCUGCCGGUCGAGCUCUGUGCUGGGCCUGCUGUUUUUGCUGGGCGUGCUGGUGGGCAGCUACAUCAUGACGCUGGCCGUGCUGAGCCCGUGCCCCCCGCUGCUGGGCAAGCCGAGCGGCAGCGUCCUAGUGGUGUUGGCGUGGGUGCUCUUCGUGGGCCUCUUCUCGUACCUCAAAGUGAUGAUCGGCACGGUGCUGCACCAGCGCGGCCACGCGGCGCUCCUGUGGUGCGGCGCCGCCAUCCAGGCCGGCUCGGCGCUGGGCGCCCUCGCCGUGUUCCCCCUCGUCAACGUCUACCACCUCUUCACGCCCGGCGACCCCUGCUCCAGCUCCUGCCCCGCGUAGCCCCGCGAAGCCUCGGGUUGCCCCUCGCGACUCUACGUGACCCCGUGUGACCCCGCGCUGCCCCCGCCCUGACCCCGCGCUGCCCGUGGCACGGCCGCGAGGCUGUAGCGUGGGCGACCAGGCACGGCAGCGCCGGCCCGCCUCGUGGUGCUGCUGUUGUCUUGCCGCGAGGAUUUUGGUUCAGAACCCCGUCGUGGGUUCUCAGUGCGGCUUGCAACUCAGGGUGCGACUGUGUCGCUGUAAUUUUGUAUGUAGUUGCUGAGCACAGGCCCAAAAUGUUAAGUGGCCAGGAACAAACUGCACUAUCGAAUUGUGGUAGGCAAGAGUUGACAUGUUUCUUAAAUUGAGCAAGGCAGGAAGAGCUUAAGAAUAGAGACACUGGGAUGGAAUUACAAAGCUGGGCAGGGUGUUAUGGCCUGCCGUGUAGCGAGCGAGUAGGUGAGUCUACGAAUAGCUGGGUGAAUGGAUGAGUGCGUGAGUGUUUUUGUGAGCUGUAGUUUGGUGGUGGAACAGUGUGGAUGAGAUGAAACAGUCACUCGUGGGUGGAGGAGUUAAUGAGUGAAGUUCACGGGAACAGUAACCAUGGUAGUAAGGAUAGCAGAGUGAUAGGGAGAUAGCAGACCAUUGAUGACCGAGUGACUUGAGUGCAUCCGAGUUCUGGAUCAUCAAUCACCCUGUGACUGAUUUGCGUUGAUUUCUAUCAAGCGCUGCGAGGUAGGAACUGGGUCCUCCACUCCAGAUGUGACAGCAGCAGGAUUACAACUUUGUCCAUAUUGUGCUUUGUACAGUAGCAGCAGCCAUACUGUAAUUGUUCAGAGUUAAAGACGAAGGCCUUUGCACGAAGGAGAAAAGCAGCCAUGGAAUCGUGGCUAAGAGUGUGAGAUGUGGUUCGGGCCCAAUGUGGAUGGGGAGGGUUACAACAGCAUGGCUGUCAAAAUGCCGGCCUGGAGGGGAGAUCUGACAGGGCUGUUUGCAGGGACGAUAGCUGCCCAAUUUGAGACCACAGCUCAGAUAUGCGCUUGAUGUGUGCGGUAAGAUGCUUUAUAACUCCCUUACCACUGUUGAUCUAAUGGACCUACUGCCACUCGUCAAACUGAGACGUUAUUUCAGAAAAUGUUCUUCUCGUUUUUUAACAACAGGUGCAAUGUGACAAACCUGUUAUCGCUUGAUAUUCAAAAUUGUAAUAUUUGUUGUUCCAACUAGUAAUUUAUUUGUACAAACAACAACUAGGCCGGAAGCAUGUUGUCAAUGUGUGCUGCUGGUUUGCUCGCACGCAGCUGAUGUUGGUAAUCACGGACGGCUGCGCCAUGGCAUGAAGGAGGUCGUGCCAACUGGCAUUGUAAACGCAGUUUCUCUGUAAAACCUGUUCCCAACUUGAAGCAUCUAGGUCAAAGUUCAUCCGGCUAAUCUUAAAUAGUAGCAGCAAGUCUGUUCCUUAAAGAUACCCCUGAAUUUAAACAAUACGUAAAAAUAUAUAAAACAUUGUAAAAGCAUGUAUGUUAAAAUGCCCCGUGAGAUGGUAUGCUUUUACUCUGAAUAGUUAUGAAGAAACCAAGUGGACAGUUGUGUAGAGUGCUGGUAGUUUAUUUGAUGUGCUGGAGGCAACAGACUGCACGUUUAAGGCUCGAUUCCACUCAACGGGGUUGGAGACAUCCCUCAACAUUGAUCCUGAUAAUACACCUCAUCAAUCAUCCACAGCACACAUUCGGUAAGAAGGAGACACCAGUUCGAGAUAUGGUACAAAGUGUCACCUGAAACCUCCAACGAUCCGUCAAAUUGAAUAGCAUUGCAGACCAAAAGCAGCUUUCAGAAAGCGGAUGACAGGAUUUCGAGUGGUUAUGAAGCGGCUGAGCGCCAGCCACUGUUGGGGUCACGGAGUGGCCGUUGGCUUCCUGUCACCACGCGCGAUUCCUGCAGAGAAUACCAAAUCAGGUGCCCUGGUGACAAGUGGGCUGUGGUGAACCUGUGUGUGACACCACUGGCAGGAGUAUGCCAGCGUAAUAACCAUUUUUUUUUUUAUUCGGUGCACCCACAAAAAGAACUCCCACGUGCAUGCGCAGUUGUGUCAGACCUCUCUCGCAAGACGGGUUGACAGAUGUGGCUGACGUCUCUGAAGAGCUAAUACCCACAUUAAUGGACCGAGACCUGGGUUGCAUCCCGGAUUAAGGGAGAAUGGUUAUCUUGUUCAAAGGGAGUUUGAUGUUUGCAUAAAAGUCACAGAUGGUAACACAAAAGUUCACACCAUGACAUUAGCGUUGGCCUUUAAUAUUUGACCACUUCACCGGCACUUAAUCAGAUACCUCUUUACAUUUCCCAUCAUAGUAUUUAUUUGCUUGUGAGUUUGGUGAUGUUUUUGGGAGUGUUCUGAUGGAGCCGUGACACAUAUGUACAGACAUUAACAUAUGGUUCAACACACGCUCCUAACCUCAAUUCACGUGUUAUCAGACCUCCAGUAUUGUUAUCAAUGUUAAUCGUCUGUUAUUUAUACACUGAUGGAUGAAAGUCUUACGUUGGCAUUGUCACAGUUAUUAUCACUCUACUCGUUACAUUUGAAAGUUUUAUCUCUCGGUCUACUUAGAAGGCAAAUGUCCUGCUGGGUGCCACAAAUCUCGGCUUGUCUCAGCGCUAAGUGCCCAUGGUCACGCUUGCAAAUGAGACUCUCCUGGUCUCAUGGGUAAUGCCAGGGUCCGCUUGGUGUAGUUGUGUGGCAGGGAGAUGGCAUUGCUGAGUGUUGCCCCCAUGUAUGUGCGAGUAUUCCCUGGGCACUGUGGUUUUUAAGAUGCUGCCAGUGUUGUAAUGGGCAGCACAUUGAACUUAAUUACAUUCUGUGAAUGAUGAGAUACCCCCGCACAAAAGUACAUGUAUGCAGGCCUAGAAAAAAAAAUCUGAUUUAACGACACAUGCAUGUGUGCAGCAUUGCAGGUACACAUUCUCUGGGCCUUAUCCAGACCACCGGCUCUUAAGAACUGAAUGUGUGGCCGUUUUGUCGGUGAGACCACCGACUCAUUGAGUUGAGAAAGUCUGGGCAUCCCAACAAACGUGUAUGAUUGUGGGUACACCCAUCUCUUCAAAGACAUCUGGCCAGCAUGGAAGAGUAGGAGGCUCUUCCACCAGCAAUAGCCUGAGCAAGAGAUUACAGGGCUUCACCUUCGGCUGCCUGACGCGUACCAAACACUCAUUAGUGACACUGGUCAAACAUCCAAAUGCAAGAUUCUGAUAGCAGAGUCUUCAAACUCGGCGAGGCUUUUUUGAAUAAAUGCCAUUUUUGGUUGGCUGAGCAUGCAUCCUCUAGGCAGUGUUCUUGCCAGAGCCUAAGCGUUGACCCAUAGCCCGUUCAUCAGUCUGCUCACUGUUACCAGGAAUUGCAAUUCCAUUCUUAAUCAAAUACAAUUCCGAGCGGGAUCGUGGCAAGUUCAGCGGACGUGGAACCGUGCAGGGUGGAUUCGAAGGAAUGGAAUGCGAUUCCUGCAAGAAUCGCUUGGUCUGCUCGCUCUGCUGAGUUCCAAGUUCCCUCCACAGUGAGAAGGGCCCUUUUGUUUGCGACGUGAAUCCCAACUGGAGAGGGUUUCUGGGACCUGUUGAAGUGUAACUGAUUAAUCCAAAACACUGAAAAUGCUUAACGUUCCUUAAGCAUGUGUUUGCCAUCAGGUAAAAUAUAUCUUGUUUGUGAUAAGUUUUCAAAAAUUUAAUCGUUUCCUUGAAUUCAGCCAGGUAUGUAUGUUGAGCUUCUUUCGCACCGUACGUAGCCAACCGUUGCAAUUGAGAUUGAGACUCGGCGUUUGCUUUUGAAGGCAGACCCGUGCCAGGAGACUACUGUACGAGAAUCAAAGGCAACUUUACAGAAGUGAAGGCGAAUUAAGUUGUAAGUGUUUAACUUUGCGAGGGGCAAGACAAAAGGUGUCGUGACACGAGUCUAUGUUUGGUUGUCAAAAGGUGAGAGGUAGUACAUCCAUGUAGUUGCAGGAGCUAUUCCGAGGACGGUUGUGAAACAGCUGCAGGUUGUGAACUCGUGCGCGGUUGCUGAAUGGGAUGUAUAUCGUUUUCUGUACUGUGUUGUCAAUUUCAGAGUCACUGCUGUUGAGCCCGUAUUCUUAGUUUAAGCGCGGGCUUGGCUCUGGUUAAAGUGAGCCAGCUCAAAGCCGUGCUAAACUCGAGCCGGCUCAAAGCACGGUCUCAGCCACGCUCAGGAUUUCCAUGGAGCCGAGCCCGAGCGGAGCCAGGAUUGAACCACUCAUCCGUCUUUAAUGAAGCUGAGCGACUCGAGCGCGAGCCAAUCCGUGUGAGAGGCCAAGCCACCGCUAACAUUGCGGGCCUAAAUUUGCUGUCAAAUGGGAGUGCUGACCUGCAGAUGCAAUUUAUCCCUGGGCCGUCAGUAUCCGUAGCUCACGGCCAGGCCUCGCAGUACAGCUACUGAUUAGCAGCUGCCAAGCCACCAAACAGCUCCACAAGCCAUGCGUGACACCGCUGCUCCCUGGGUAUGCGGCCUCGUUCACCCCACCACACGGGAUAUGGAAUGAGCUCAGCGGAUCAUCCCCUGCACGUCGACCCCUGCCAUCCCCAUAUCUGUGCUGCACCCCCCCCCACCCCCUGCCCCGUGCAGCUUGCCUGGGCAGGAAUCAUAUUCUUAGGUUUUUCGGUAAAGUCACGUAGGUAAAACAUCAAAAUUAAUAAAAAUUAAUAAAAAUAAAUAGAAUAAAACAAAAAUCACGACGUUUCGGAGGCAACACAAGUCUCCGUCAUCAGGUGGGACCGUCAUAGCCGCAUCAAGUGAGGCAAUGAUUCAAGAUGUAAUCCCUUAAAAAGCAAGUUGAGGGGGAGGAGAGGGGGGAAAUCGUGGCAGGGUCCAGAUGGGUGGUCAGGAGGGCAUUGUUUCAGAGAGGAAAAUGUAUCCAUAAUAGAGGUUUUGGGGUUAGAUCGCGUACAUAUAUAAAUGUGUCAUUUAAACCCGCCACUACCCGACACAGCCAACUAGUAAGGGUUGUCACGUCAACAGAACGUGGCCAAUUCGUCACUAGUACAGCACACCGGUGUGUUGGAGAUCCAAGCCACAACAUUUACAAUCUAAGUACGCCGUUUCGCCAGUAAUUACAACUAGCUGUAUCAAGCGACAGCCAGAUUUGUGGAGAAGUCUUACUGUUUCGUUCCUUAUAUAGUGGCGUAGAUGUGUUGUGCUGGACUAGUGACGAAUUGGCAUGUUCUGGUUGUGACAACUCUUACGAGUUGGCUGUGUCGGGUGGUGGCGGGUUUAAACGACACAUUUACGUAGUCUAACCCAAAAACCUUUCAUGGAUGAUAUUGGUCGCGAAAGCCUCCGUGUUAAACUGAGUAAAAUGUAGUUGUGGGCCAGGCAAGGCUCUCUUCAGGUCAAAAAUUAAUGUGUGAUUUCGAGCUGUGUAAUUUUGAAAAGGAACACGGGCGGGGGGUGGUUGAGCGAGGUGCGUGCCGAUGCGAGGAAAUCGUUACUUAUUGCCAGAUGAUUUGUUUUAAGACAUCAAAGAAAAAUCCAUACACAUUGUAUGUCGAUAUUGUGCGUCGUGUCCUGUUUCCGGUGUAUUUUGGCUUUGUAUUAAGUGUGUCAGUGUAGAUUGGCUGGCAGGAAAUUGCAGCCUAUUAGUUUAUGGGAAGAGCCGUCGUCCCGAGCGAGCGAGUGGCCCGAUUUGCCGUGCAGAGGGAGCGGCGCUGCUCGUCUAAGAGAAGACGGCUCCUGGUUGCUGUGCCGCCUGGUGGGGGGCAGGGCCUCUCUCCUCUCUCUCCUCUCCCUGCUGGGGGGGGGGAGCUGGGCUGGCAACGUCCCAACGGGAGCUCUGAGAUUCCACUCCCGUUGGGCGCGCAGCAAUUUGCCUUCUGCUUGACCUAGAAUUCAAUGGACCAUGCACUUAAAUAUUAUAAUAUUCACCGCCUAUUUGCCUUGUUGUUUAUGAUGAUGAUUGUUGUAGUUGUAUUGUUUUUGAAAAUAGUUGGAAAGGUUUGUUUAGCGAUAUCAAAAUUAUCAUUAUAGAAAGAAUAAAAUAUUAUACAACGGA